GGGAAAGAAGUUUCGUAAUGCUACUCCAGAUGCACACACGCACAAGUACGUGUACAUGUGUGUGUUAUAUAUAAAGUUGUAUCUGCAUAUACGACCUAAAACCCUUUCAAUUUUUAAUUUCUUCGAUAUUCCUUAAUAGUUUUAAUCUCUAGUGAUGAUGAUAUGAGGAAUUCGAAUUUGAUUAUUCAAUCUUUGAUUUUUCCGAUUUUGUUUUCAUUGGUUUUUUCAAGAAUUUUUAAUAUUAUUGAUUUGAUUUGAGGAGUUCCCAAAAAAUCAUGGAAGAAAAAGGUCAACAGGGAAAAGAUCGAGUCUCUCCUGCUUCAAUCUCAGCUUUGCCCUUACAUGGUGAUGGGCUUGUGCCUGAUAACUACACGGAUAAGCCACUUUCUCCCAAAGAUGAAAGGAUUGUUUCUCCAAAUCCUUCUCCAGAUGCAGCCCUCACAGGGUCCAUGAGAAACAUAUCCAACCAAUCAGAACCAUUUAAUGCAAGUGGAGCUCCAACCCCUGUAAAUCCAUCCAAUAUUUUUGCUCCUCCAGAGCAAACCUACUUUUAUGGAGGUUAUGAUGAUGGCUCAGCUAACUGGGGAGACUAUUCUAAUUAUGUUCAUGCUAAUAACUUGCAGAUUGUGCCUCCGGCAAUUUACAAUGAGAAUGCAUCAUCACUAUUAUUUCACCCUGCAUAUGGAUUCGAUUACAGCCAGUUUUCUCCUGUUGCUAGUCCCAUGUCUCCAAUAAUGAUAGAUGGACAGCUGUUUUCACCUCAUCAAGUUCCAAUCUCUCCUUCUUACUAUUCACAGCCUGUUUCUCCUAACUUACCUCAAACUGAUCUUUCACCACCACCAAACAGUGGGAUGCAAAUGCAAGAGGGUCUUGGGGACAAUGUUUUUAUGGCUCCAAGUCCAGGAUCAGGAGACAUUGGGUCUAAUGAAUCAAUGUCUUCAGAUACUAAUAGCUAUGUGUCUCCAAUCACAUCUGGGGGUUUAUACCCUGCUCCACUUGGUAUUCUUGGAUCAUAUGAACACAUUUUUAGUCAGAUUCCACAACAGCAGUAUGGAUACGGAUACGGGUCAGGAUCCGGAUCCUCCACAAGACGCUACCCACAAACCGGAUCUUUUCGAGGGCAAAACUUUGGAAACAAUUCCAUUUUUCAAGGGGAAGCAAGUCGCCUGAACCGUUUCAUCCCUGAAAAAGGCGGGAAGCAUAGGGACAAAGAUGGAAUUAGCAUGAUUAGUGAACCACAUGGUACUACCAGUGAUCGAAACAGAGGACCAAGGGCAUCAAAGCCAAAAGGAGAGCAGAUAUCUGAGGGUAAAAUCGACCUUUACAAUCAACCGGAUUUUGUCACUAGUUAUGAGAAUGCAAAGUUCUUUGUAAUAAAGUCUUUUAGUGAAGAUAAUGUCCAUAAAAGUAUCAAGUAUAGUGUUUGGGCAAGUACCCCUUUGGGAAACCGAAAACUUGAUGCUGCUUAUCAAGAAGCAAAGGAAUCUGAAGCCAAUUGUCCAGUCUUUCUCUUCUUUUCUGUAAAUGCAAGUGGACAGUUUUGUGGAGUUGCAGAAAUGGUGGGACCCGUGGAUUUUGUGAAUGAUGCAGAAUAUUGGCAGCAGGACAGGUGGAGUGGUCAAUUCCGUGUCAAAUGGCACAUCAUCAAAGAUGUUCCAAAUAGCCGAUUCCGACAUAUUCUUCUUGAAAAUAAUGACAACAAACCUGUUACUCAUAGCAGAGAUUCACAAGAGGUGAAACUAGAAGUGGGGAUUGCAAUGUUGAAGAUCUUUAAAGAUCAUGAUGCAGAGACAUCGAUCUUGGAUGAUUUUGGUUUCUAUGAUGAACGAGAGAAGGAUUUGCAGGAAAAGAGACUCCCUCCAUGUGGAUGA